UCUUCGCGCUUUCCCCUCCUUGACAUUUCUUGCCUCAAUUGCAUCUCCUGUUGAAACGACAAGCUACGGACCUGAGAGCUUGGCUUCGCUUUGCUAACCGUGAUGCGUGUUUUCAAGGGCUUACGGAUAGGGAGGAGGUCCAUCAAAGCGGACGAGAAGAACAAGCCGCACAUUAGCAUCCCGCAGAAGUCAGCAGUCGCGAUCGUACCUCCCAAAAAGGUUAUUCGGGCACUUUACGAUUACACGGCACAGAAUCCGCAAGAGUUAAGUUUUUCCCGUGGCGAUUUCUUCCAUGUGAUCGGUCGCGAAAACGAUCCGGACUGGUACGAAGCCUGCAACCCCGCCGUGCCCGACGCCCGAGGCCUGGUUCCUGUGGGCCUCUUCCAGGCUCUUGGGCGCAAUGAGCGUGACAGCGGCCAGUCCCAACCCGACAGUGCACGGCCUGUCAAGCAUCCAGACCAUGACUCGGGCUACAGCGAAGCGCCAGUGACGACCACUCCGCCCGGCGCCAGCCAGCGGAGUUCCAAGUCAGCCAAGUCAGGUGCUAUGGUCUACGGCGUCGUCAUGUACGACUUUCACGCCGAGAGAGGUGACGAACUGGAGGCGAAGGAAGGCGAAGCCAUCAUCGUGAUCGCACAGUCCAAUCCGGAAUGGUUCGUGGCAAAGCCCAUUGGGAGACUGGGCGGUCCCGGUUUGAUUCCCGUGUCGUUCGUUCAGAUCCGUGACAUGGCGACCAACAUGCCGGUUGCAAACCCCCAAGAAGCUGUGCGGAAGGCCGGCAUUCCCAAGGUGGAGGAGUGGAAAAAGAUGGCGGCGGAUUACAAGAACUCGAGCAUCACGCUUGGAAAGUUCGAAAGCGGGAAUCAGCAGCAGUCAAUUGAGCAGGGCAUGGAGCGCAUGAGCAUCCAGCAACAUAGCGGCCGGGUAAGUCAGGGGGCGGGAUCUAUGGUAAGCGUCAAAUCCCGGUUCUCCUCUGGUGUGUCCGCAGUGCCUGACAAGCCCGAUCAGCAGCAGCAGCAAGCGCAGCGAGCAGGAUACGGCGUGCAACAGACGUCGUUCCAGCAAACCGCACCUUCCUCCACCCCGAAUUCGCCCCUGCUUGCCCCGGUCUCGGCCAAGAUCCCCAAGUACUGUUUUGCGGAAGACAAGUACUGGUUCGUGAUCGAAGCCCAGCUGGAGGAUGGGCGAACCUGGGCGCUGGCGCGCUACUACGAAGACUUCUACGACUUUCAAAUCGCGCUCCUUACGGAAUUUCCCGUCGAGGCGGGGACAGCCGGGAAGAAGCAGCGGACGCUUCCAUACAUGCCUGGUCCCGUUAACUACGUGACCGACGCGAUUACUGAAGGCCGGCGCCAUAACCUGGACGCCUAUGUCAAGAACCUCCUUGCGCAACCGCACUACAUCUCAAAGUGCAGGCUGGUGAAGGAGUUUUUCGCGCCGAGGCAAGGCGACUACGAGAUCGAGCCAGGCGCAUUCGACGAAGAGUAUCGGCUGUCCGGUGGCUCCCGGCCGUCGUCCGCUGACUCACCCGCCGACGGGGCUUCGCGGCAGUCGUCCAGGCAGAACCUCAGCGGCGGCAGCACGGCGGCCGGCUAUGGCGGCUAUUCCUCCAACGCGCGGCAAGUCGGUGGUGGUGCGCAGCCCGCCAUGAGCCGGCAGGUAUCGUCGCUGUCGCAGCCGUCCCAGAGCUCGCUAUCGCCCGGCAUCCAACAGCAGGGCUCUCAGAUGAAGGUCAAACUGAGCUACCACGGCGAGAUCAUCGCCGUCAAGGUCCCGUCAGAUAUCUCGUUCGCCGACCUCUACGACAAGAUCGUCGACCGCCUCAAGAUCCCGGCCGACGAGGAGCCCCAGCUGUCGUACAAGGACGAGCCGACCGGCGACAAGCCGCCGUUGAUGAGCGACCACGAUCUCGAUAUGGCGCUGCAGCGGAACGAGAAGCUGCUGGUGUAUGUUGAGUGAUGCGUUCUCAGUUAGAGCACCUCUCAUCGCCUUGAAUCCUUUGUUUCUUUCAACUUCUCU